AAUUUUGUUAAAUAAUUUUACUCUAUCUGCUCUUAGCAGAGCUCUUAGUAACAAAUUUAUCAAAAUGCAGUUCGAUAUAAACGGUAAAGUAGCUUUAAUUACUGGAGGCGCAUCAGGAAUAGGAUUAUGCUUGGCAAAAUUGCUUUUACAAAAUGGUUUAAAGGGUAUAACGAUAGCUGACGUAAAUAAUGGAGGAAUGGCAUUAAGUGAAUUAAUUCAAGAAUUUGGAACAGAUAAAUGCGUGUAUGUACAGACUGACAUAUCCCAUAAAGAUAGUUUUAAAAGGGCGUUUGAAAUAACCAUUGAAAAGUUCAAAUCUUUAGAUAUGCUGAUAAACAAUGCCGGCAUGUGUAAUGACGCACUUUGGGAAAAAGAAAUAUCAGUAAAUAUUAAUGGCACUAUUAAUGGCGUUCUUUUGGGUUUGGAAGAAUAUAUUCCCAAGUAUAAAUCAGGACAUGAAGGAGUUAUUAUCAACGUUUCAUCUAUAAGAGGUGUAGAUCCAUCAGGAGACCGACCAAUAUAUGCAGCAACAAAGUUUGCUAUUCAUGGUUUAUCAUUAGCUUGGGGGACUCAGGAUCACUAUAAUCGAACUAAAGUCAAAGUGAUAUGUGUAUGCCCUGGUUCAACAGCAACACCCUUGAUAGCUAACCCUGUUGGUACAAAUUUGGGACCGGCAUAUGAAGAAAUUCGUCAAAAAAAUGCUGGAUCAAAGACACUACCCAGGCAAAGUCCUCAAGAAUGUGCAUCUGUAAUUUUGGAAAUUCUAGAAAAUGCAAAAACUGGAACCGUAUGGGUUGUGGAAGGUGGAAAGAAGAUUCUGUAUAUCAUGCCUGACAGAUUUAAAAUACAAGACGAAUCAAUAUUAGUUUAAUAUAAAGAUUUAUAGCUUGUUAGAAUUUCUGUAAUUUUCUGUAUUGAAUAAAUUAUAAUAAAUCGAAAAAAAAAGA